GACGCGCUGAAGCGGGCGCUGGGCACCUCCGUGCUCCGGCCUACGGGGCACUCGGGGGGCGGCUGCAUCAGCCAGGGCCAGAGCUACGACACGGACCGCGGCCGGGUGUACGUGAAGAGCAACUCCAGGCCGGAGGGAGCUGGAUGGAAAAUCAAGUGCACUGAAGUGAUAACACAAGAAAACCCUGAAAGGUUAUUCUGCUUCGCGUGAGACUGAAAAUAGCUUAAAUUGGCUAGAAGAAUGUUUGAGGGAGAAAUGGCAAGUCUGGAAGCCAUCUUGAAAACGCAGACAGUAAAAGUGCCUAAACCCAUCAAAGUUAUAGACCUCUCUGGAGGCACUACUCUGUUUGUGAUGGAGCAUUUGGAAAUGAGAGGCUUAAGCAGACAUUCAGCAAAGCUUGGAACACAACUGGCUGAUCUCCACCUUCAUAACCAGCAGCUUGGAGAGAAGCUGAAGAAAGAGGAGAGCACAGUUGGUAAAGGUCAAGGGCAAAUGGAAGUCCAGUUUGUGGAUCAAUUUGGUUUUCAUACAGUUACCUGCUGUGGCUAUCUUCCACAGGUAAACGACUGGCAGAAUGACUGGGUGACUUUCUUUGCCAGACAAAGAAUCCAGCCCCAGAUGGACAUGAUUGAAAAGAAUUCAGGAGACAGGGAGGCACAAGAACUUUGGGCAAAGCUUCAGCUGAAGAUACCCAGCUUGUUCUGUGACAUAGAAAUUGUUCCUGCUCUCCUGCAUGGGGAUCUCUGGGGAGGAAAUGUGGCUGAGGAUGAUUCUGGUCCAAUUAUCUUCGAUCCGGCUUCUUUCUACGGCCAUUCAGAGUAUGAACUUGCAAUAGCUGGGAUGUUCGGUGGCUUUGGUAGUUCCUUUUACUCUGCUUAUCACAGUAAAAUUCCCAAAGCUCCAGGGUUUGAAAAACGCCUAAAGCUUUAUCAGCUCUUUCACUACAUGAAUCAUUGGAACCAUUUUGGUACAGGGUAUAGAGGAUCUUCCCUAAACAUUAUGAGAAACCUGGUAAAAUGACUUUCUGCUCAGGCAGAAUACUUCCCAUGUUACUUGGAAAACCCUAUGCUUGGUGAUGCAACUACAGGCGUGUAAUGUUAAAAUAGCUACUAGACCCUUGACCCUGUUGCACAGCUGAUCUAGAAUCAAUGAGUCCUGCUGAAUACCAAGCAUGGCAUAGUCAUCCCUUUUUAGGAUAGUUGAGGAUAAUUUUUAAGAAGGAAAUAUCCAAGGAAGGGGUUUAUUCAGUUACAUAAAACAUCCAUUGGUGUCAAGAAGGCAUUGUACGCUUAAGAUUAGGCAAGUUAAUUCAAAUCAAGUAAGUCAAGGGUAAAUAAUUUGGAAGCAGCUCUCUGUUAGGGACCAGUUGUGCUUCAGAGUAGAGAAGUGCCAGCUAAGGAUUUGCAUUCACACCCUAAUGGAAAACAUCGAUGGAGAAGUGCUUGCGAAAUGGAAGAUUGUUUUUCUCAGUUGUUGAGCAGAUGGCUAAAAAAGUUGCUCAUAGUUUUUGUUGUUUUUUUUCCCUCUUCUGGAUAGAUUGCUCAAAAUCUUUCAGGUCUCUUCAUUUGCAGUUAUGUGCAUGAAAACAACAUUAACAAAAUAUUUUGAAAGUCAGCAAGAAAAUUUUGUAAGAGGAUCCAUAAAAAGUGAUUUGGACUUACUGUUCAUUUUGGUAAUGCGGUUUUAUGAGAUGGAUACUGCUUCCUGUUCUGUUACAAAGCAGUGUGAGAAUGCUUGUAAAUUGUUCUGAGCAUGUGCAUUUUGGUGCUUCAUGGCAUUCUUGUAGGCUGUUUUGCAUUUGCCCAUCAGCUGGCUGCCAUCAGGAGCAAUUUUGUUUUCAGCAGAGCUAGCUCCGUUUUCUUUUCUGGAUUAUGUUUUUGUCUGACAGGGUGCAGUCUUAAAGCAGACUUUCAGGUAAGACAGUCUACAUGCAUACAUCCUGUGAAGGUGUGCUUACUCACUAAUACGAACAAAAGAUGCACUUUUUGGCUGCCGUCGUUGCCCACAGGAUAGUGCCAUCAGAUCAUGGUAUGGGCUUCGCAUAAAUUUUCUGUAAUUUAGAACAGAGGUGCUAUAAGCUGACUUACUUUUCUUAGAUCCCCAGGAAGUGCACUUUCUAGCUCUUGGGAGAAGAAAGAUGAAACCAAAGGAGGUUAAAAUGUAACUCACAGAACAGCUACUCUCCACCACUGUCAUAGAAAUACUUUAAAGAUUUCAACCACAAAGUUGCAGACUAACUAUUUCUUGUACUUGCAAGACAAUAAUACUAAAACUGUAACUCUGCUGUUUUUGGUGUAGACUGGUAAUGAUAUUUCAGUGCAAGUGUGCCAGGUAGGUGAGAGAGAUGCAUGAUUCCUAACAUGAAUUUUAAGUGUUUGGAAAUGGCUUUAAUUAAAAAAUGUUUCUUCACAGGAUAUUGGCAUAUUACUGAGUUUUUUUUCUUUUUUGUUGCUGGUUUUACAGUUAUUUGGAAGAAUUGAUAGCAGUUCUAGAGAAUACUAUCACUUGAUAGAACUUUCUACCCUUAAUUCUACUAGUCUUUUCACUGGCUGUUUACCUUUGGCUACAAAAGUUCUAAAGCUUUGCUCCACAGAAUAGCUUUUACUUGUUGCUUAAAUAAAAAAAAGUUUCCCAGUU